AUGACCGAUUUCGCGUCAGAGGUACACGUUGACGAUUCGGAACCGUGGCACGUGUAUCUAAAUAAAAAUCCUCCCAACACGCAUCAUUUGUUGCAAACGCUGACGCAUGAGAUUGGCCACGCUUUGGGUCUACAACACAGCAUGCGCAACGACUCGAUAAUGUUUCCGUAUAUACCCGAUAUCGAGAAUCAAUUUCCGGUUAAGUUGACCAUAGAGGAAAUUCUGGCUAUACAGAAUCUGUACGGGUCUCACGACAACGGAAACUAUCCAACGGCAACUCCCGCGACUACCGCGGCGCCCGCUACGACGAGCGUCGCGCCAAUCGACCCCGCGCGCGCGGAUCUCUGCGCUUUACGGCGCGUGAACGCCGCGCUGAUAAUGAAUCACCGAUUAUAUAUAGCUAAUCGCUAA